AUGUUAGUUGAGGAAACUGAUGACUGGUGGAUCAACACUCGUCAGGUGUUAGAUGAUGUAGUUGAAGUUAUAACUUGGGUUGUGUUCCGCGGGGAAUUUCUGAGAAAGUACUUUCCUGAGGAUGUUCGUGGGAAGAAGGAGAUUGAGUUUCUAGAGCUGAAUCAAGCGACUGUUGAGUUCUCGAAGUGUAUCAAAUUCGAGAAUGGUUUACGUCCUGAGAUUAAGCAGGCGAUUGGAUACCAACAAAUCAAGAGGUUUCUAGAGUUGGUGAACAACCGUAGAAUUUAUGAGGAUAAUACUGAUAAAGGUAAAAAGAGAGCUACUGAUGGUAAGAGGCCAAGUAAGGGAGGUGCUCCUACUCCUCUUAAGUGUUAUAGGUGCGGUGAGUUGGGUCACCGUGUCAGUGAAUAUAAGAGUGAUAUGAAGAAGUGUUACAAGUGUGGGAAGUCAGGAUAUCUGGUUGCUGAUUGCAAAGAGAAUAUGGUGACUUGCUACAACUAUGGUGAACCAGGUCAUAUCAACACUCAUUGCUCGAAGCAUAAGAAAGCUUCAACUAGAGGAAAGGUGUUCGCUCUGACGGGGACUCAGACUUCCAGUGAUGACAUGUUGAUCAGAGGUACAUGUUAUAUUAAUAAUACGCCUUUGAAUGCUAUUAUCGAUAUUGGUGCUACUCAUUUUUUUAUUACCGUUGACUGUGUGAAAAGGCUAGGCCUUGUUGUGUCUUCUAUGAUGGAGAAAUGCAUUAAUCUUAUUUGCUUGCCAUUGGAGAAUCUUGGUGUUAUCUUAGGGAUGAAUUUGUUGGAGUUCAAUCAUGUUUAUAUCAAUUGUUAUAAUAAGUCAGUGCGGUUUCUUACUCCUGGCGAGGCGGAAAAAGUUGGUUUCUUCUCUACUAGAGAGUUGGAGGAGCUUUUGGAAGAGGAGACUCAUAUGUUUAUGUUGUUCACGACGUUAUCUGCUAAGAGUCAAAUGGUGAUUGACGAAUUGCAAGUAGUACGGGAUUUACCAGAGGUGUUUCCAGAUGACAUUUCAGAUGUACCGCCAGAGAGAGAGGUGAAGUUUUCUAUUGAUCUUGUCCAUGGUACCAGACCUGUUUCUCUGGCACCAUACAUGAUGUCUGCAUCGGAGUUAACAAAGUUGAAGAAACAGUUAGAAGAUCUGCUAGAGAAGAGGUUUAUGAGACCAAGUGUGUUGCCUUGGGGAGCUCUGGUGUUGUUGGUAAAGAAGAAAGACGAUAGCAUGAGGUUGUGUGUAGAUUACCGGUAG